GGGGCUAGGACUGUGAAAGGAUAAAGAGGCGCUAGGCGGAAUUUGGGGUCCGCUCUAAGCUGCAGCAAGAGAAACAGUGUGUGAGGGGGAAGAGGCCAAUACCAGUAGCCCCGGUCUGUGUAUGUGUGUCUCCUCUCUUUGGGGUUGUGCAUGCAAAGGAAGGGAAAACGGGACUAAAUAUAUUUAUCGCAUUAGUCACCGCUCUUCCUACAGGGAAGGCACACAUUUAUUAAUGCUACCCGGUUGCAUGAGUCGGGGUUUUUUGUUUUGUUUUUUAUUCAGUACCUCUCAACAACCAAAUAAUUAACUGCACAAGCUCCUGAUCACUGACUGCACAGCCACGAGUCCUGGAGUCCGGUUUUUAUUUUUAUUUUUUUGUUUUUAUUUUGUGUGUGUGUGUGGUGCUGGGCACAGUAGUGGGAGGCUUUACCAGCGCGUGUGCUGUUUUCCUGAAACAUCUUGGGCAGAGAAAAAGCACUUGUGAACUGGAAUCAACUGCUUCGGGGAGGGGAGGGGGGGAAACACUGACAAGGAGAGGGGGAAUUGCAGCAUUUUUAAAGAAACUCUGUUUCUGUUCCACUUUGAGCACUGGCUGCUGCCCCUAAAUUAAUAGAGAGCAAAGGGGGAAGGACUGCACAGAGCGCUGGAGACGAGCCUGUCUGGAACUACAACUACUUAGUAGAGGGGCUGCGCGCUGGAGAAGGGCUGAGCAUUUCGCUGUGGUUUGGGACUGUUUGAUUCGUUCCCCUUCCUUGUUGUACCUGUUAAAGUUGAGAGCCUUUUUUUUUUUACGUUGCACUGGUGCCGAGCUGAGCCCCGGCGACCUCCCUGCAAGCAGCCGCCGCCGCCGCCGCCGCCGUGUGUUGUGAGCCCCAGCUAUGGUGCAGCAGACUAACAACGCGGAGAACACGGAAGCGCUUCUGGCCGGAGAGACCUCGGACUCCGGGGCCGGCAUCGAGCUGGGCAUCGCCUCCUCUCCCACGCCGGGCUCCACCGCUUCCACCGGGGGCAAAGCGGACGACCCGAGCUGGUGCAAGACCCCCAGCGGGCACAUCAAGCGGCCCAUGAACGCCUUCAUGGUGUGGUCCCAGAUCGAGAGGCGGAAGAUCAUGGAGCAGUCCCCGGACAUGCACAACGCCGAGAUCUCCAAGCGCCUGGGCAAGCGCUGGAAGCUGCUCAAGGACAGCGACAAGAUCCCCUUCAUCCGGGAGGCGGAGCGGCUGAGGCUCAAGCACAUGGCGGACUAUCCCGACUACAAGUACCGGCCCAGGAAGAAGGUGAAAUCGGGAAACAGCUCCGCCAAGCCCGGCGAGAAAGGAGACAAGAGCGGCGGGGGCAGCCCUGGCGCCAGCGGGGGCGGCACCGGCAGUGGCAGCAGCGGGGGCAGCACGAACUCCUCCAAGCCCGCCCCGAAGAAGAGCGGCGGCUCCAAGCUCUCCCCCGGCGGCGGCGGCGGCUCCGGGGCCAGCAAGCCGCACGCCAAGGUGAUCCUGGGCAGCAAAGCCGCCCCCUUCCCCGCCGAGCCGCCGGCUCAGGCCGCCCUGCUGCCCCCGGACCACCACUCGCUGUACAAAUCCCGCGGCGGCGCCUCCGGCUCCUGCUCGGCCUCGGGCAAACACCUCUCGGAGAAGAAGCUCAAGCGGGUCUAUGUCUUCGGCACGGGCGGGGGCCACGGGCAGAGCGCGUCCUCCUCCCCGGGGGGCGCCGUGCCCGCCAGCCCGACCCUGAGCUGCUCCACGGAGGCCAGCGACCCUCUGAGCCUGUACGAGGAAGGGGGCGCCGGAGGGUGCCAGCAGGACGGAGACUGCAGCAGCGUCUCCUGCCCUUCGCCGCCGGGCAGCAGCUCCCCCUCGGAUCACCGCAGCUACACCAGCCUGAGGGCCUCUUCCCCGGCCCCCUCCACCUCCCAUUCCUCCUCGGCUUCCUCCCAUUCCUCCUCGUCCUCCUCCUCCUCCGGCUCCUCUUCCUCGGACGACGAGUUUGAAGACGACCUGUUGGACCUGAACCCCAGCCCCGGGUUUGAGAGCAUGUCCCUGGGCAGCUUCGGCUCGUCCGUGCUGGACCGGGACCUAGAUUUUAACUUCGAGCCUGGCUCGGGCUCGCAUUUUGAGUUCCCGGACUACUGCACCCCGGAGGAACAUGUUCCGUCCCCCGCCCCUCCCCCGUCCCCCCGGAGAGACUUGGCAGGCCAAAGUCUGGAAGUAAAUGGAUGUUAGUCUGAAUGUGUGCCGUCGCUGAAUGCUCUCUAGGAAUUUUCGUGCA